AGCGACAUAUAAAAUCUGUGAUUUUGCGUACACAAUUCCCACGUCGGUCCGCAACGCGAAACGCUAUCUUAUCGUGGCGCAGCUCCCGCUAUCUAACCGCCAUCCUUUAUCACAACAACGCCCAACCCCGUCAGCGUGCCGCGUAAUAACACCGUUCCGCCGCAGGAAGGGCGUCAAUUUCAACGAGGAGCCGCAACAGUGUCGAUCGGUCGGUGUGAGUCAGUAGGGUGGCGAUUGUGGCAACUGUGCGGACACGGCCCAAGUGUAGUGAAUCGCAUAGAACGUCAUUCGUUUCGAAAUCGGUAAAACAGAUGUGUCAAGGCUGAUGUGAUGUCGGCGCGGCAUCAGUGAACGGAUCACGUACGUGCGGUGUUUUGACGUGUUACUAGCGAAAGGGCCAGCCGGUCCCUACCCGGCUACGAUGGACGAUGUGGGCGGCAAACGCCAGGCCACGAGGGUGUUCAAGAAGAGCUCACCCAACGGCAAGAUCACCGUUUACUUGGGUAAGCGAGACUUCGUCGAUCACAUCACCCAUGUCGACCCCAUAGACGGGGUUGUGCUGAUCGACCCCGACUACGUCAAGGACAGGAAGGUGUUCGGUCACGUCUUGGCCGCCUUCCGUUACGGCCGCGAGGACCUAGACGUGCUCGGUCUCACCUUCCGCAAGGACCUCUACCUGGCCGCCGAACAGAUCUACCCCCAGGACAACGGCAACGCCACCAAGAGACCGCUAACGAGGCUCCAGGAGAGGCUGGUCAAGAAGUUGGGGGCGAACGCGUUUCCGUUUUACUUCGAGUUACCGCCGCACUGUCCGGCCUCCGUUACCCUGCAACCGGCCCCGGGGGACACGGGCAAGCCAUGCGGCGUCGACUACGAGUUGAAGGCGUUCGUGGCCGAAACGCAGGACGACAAACCGCACAAGCGGAACUCGGUCAGAUUGGCCAUCCGCAAAAUCAUGUACGCACCCAGCAAACAAGGUGAACAACCGUCCAUUGAAGUGAGCAAAGAGUUCAUGAUGAGCCCCAACAAGCUCUAUCUGGAGACGUCCCUGGACAAGGAGUUGUACCACCACGGCGAGAACAUCGCCGUCAACGUGCACAUAGCCAACAACUCCAACCGAACAGUCAAGAAGAUCAAGGUGUCAGUCAGGCAGUUUGCGGAUAUAUGUCUAUUUUCCACCGCACAAUACAAGUGCACGGUGGCCGAAAUCGAGAGCGAGGAGGGCUGCCCCAUCGGCUCCGGCUUCUCCCUGUCCAAGGUGUUCACGCUGACGCCCCUCCUGGCCAACAACAAGGACAAGUGGGGCCUGGCCCUCGACGGGCAGCUCAAGCACGAAGACACGAACCUGGCGUCCAGCACGCUGAUCGCCGACCCGUCACAACGAGAGAACCUGGGCAUAAUCGUCAAGUACAAAGUCAAAGUCAAGCUCUGCCUCGGCUUCCCGCUGGGCGGCGACCUGGUGGCCGAGCUGCCGUUCAUCCUCAUGCACCCCAAGCCGGAGGAGGAGCCGGUGUCGCCGGUGCGGCAGAGCGCCGGCGACGGCGCCAACAACGUGCCCGUCGACAACAAUCUCAUACAACUAGACCCGGAUGACGGGGGGCUGCAGGACCACGACGACGACAUCAUAUUCGAGGACUUCGCGCGUCUCAGGCUCAAGGGCGGCGAAAGCGACGCAUGAAGAUCGGCCCGGGGAAGGGGCGUCCGUCCUCUCGCACCCCUGCGCACCGACGUCUAUAUCACUGUUGAAUAAGACGCCCGGAUUGAUGUCGGAUUCCGGGAUUUUGCGGACCUGUUUGUAUGUUACUUGAGAUGCGACCGCCGGGAAUUAGUACAGAUCGAUGUCUUUUCCAUAUUUGUACCCUCUGUCUGUUUGUAGAGUUGUUCAAUGUCUAUUAAUGAACGAAAGUCUGUUGUUGUUUCUAACUGCAUUUGCCAGUACUUUAAUGUACGCCUAAGUGUGUUUGUACUAAUUUCCUGGACGGUUGUAGUUGUGUGGAAUUUUUUAAAAGGCGGCGUGUUUUAUUAAGUAUUAUUCUACUUGUUAGAAUUUUCUAUAUUUACAAGGCCAAAAAUGUAAAAAGUUUACAACCAAAUAAUUGUAAUAUAACUAAUUUAUAUAUAUUUUAAUCCUGUGAAAAUUAAUUCGUUAAUUAUAUAUGUUUUAUAACAAAAAACGAUUUUUAUUAUUAUUAUAUGAAUUAUUAUUCUUUGCAUUUAAUCUUUGUUGUCUGCUGGACAAGGCACAACACCAUUAGUAUUCAGCAAAUUAUUUUAGCUGCUUAAAAUGUUAUUAGCAUUCAGCCUUGUUAACAUUUCGUUGUAAAAUAUUAAAAUAGAAUAAGUAAAGGCUGCAUUUACCUAAACCAUUGCAUUAUGGCUUAACAUGGGCAAAACACACAACAUCUUGUGCAUUCACCAAAGAUGGACAACCCAAAUUGACGUCCAUAAAAGGAGCAUUUAAAGUCGACUUGUUGGGUGUUAGACCUUUUGCAAAUUUCACACAACCAAUUUCGGAAGGGCCCGAAACGUGGUUAUAAUGCGGAUCUCCGAUUGAGAUGUUCUAGUCAUCGUUUUUUAGGGUAAGGGCGCACCCACUUUUAACAAAACAAAAAAAAAAAAAAUUGUAUGUUUAGAAUAGGUCGACUAUUAUUGUAACUUUAUUUUUUAAAUAUAAUGAAUAUAUUUAUUGAAACCAAUGUGUUUACCGUUCAAUACUUUCCCACUAUGUGUAAUGUGGAUUGUACUAAUGUAUUAGUAGGUGACGAUGAGGGGCUCACAAAAUGUUUUUAAUGUGCUUGUAAACAGGCUGGCAAUAAAUUAUUUAGCCCGGGAUCCUUUUAGGCUUAUCGCUGUCGAUAUUUGAUCAGGAGUAUUUAUUAAUUGAUAACGAUUACCUGAAUGUCGAUAUGUUAAUUGCCACCCUGUAGAAAGGUUUUAAUUUUCUGGUCUAUAAAUAAGUGCGGCUGCGUAUAUGGCCGGACAUUUAUUGAAACACAGGAUGCGAUAACGAUUUUUUAUUAAUACUUGGCUUUUGUGUUUCCUUCUUUUCUGCGAAGGAACGAGGAUAAUAUUAAUAUAAGGAGUUGUGAGGGUACUUGUAUUGUGAUUUCGUGCAACGUGUGAUUUCUUGUACAAACAUUUAGAAACAUUUCCAACACUUAUCUCUCACGCAAAGUUUAUAAAUUCCUUGUUAACAUAAAUCAAAGCAGAUUGAAUAUAAUAAUUUAAUUUUGUACAGGAAAUGGAUGCAUUCUUUAGCUUAUUGUUAGACGUAAGUCCGUAACAAAGACUGAAUUUGUCCCGACACACAGAAAAGACGUACAUUAAACCGCAGAAGACUGUUUUAACGAGCACACGAGAAGAAUUUAAUUCCGAACUAGUUUGUUUUGAUUGUGUUCACACAAUGUUUUUAAUAACCACUAUAUUUAACUCAUUGUUUACAAGAGUUGGUGUGGUUUGUGCUCAAUAAUAAAUUAACGCUUUUUAUACAAAUUGACUGGUACACGUUGAAAAACGCCAGAAAAUUAAAACUUAUUAUUAGGACGUAUUUUGUUCAUUUUAUGUGUACAGAAUCGAGGUGUUAAAAAAGAUCUAGAUAUUUUUUUUAGGUGGUCGGCUGAUUGAUAUAAAUACAUAAAUAUCGGGGUCCAAGAAUUAAAUUAUGUACACAUAGAAUGUGCUCAAAAAAAGAAAGAUUGUGUAUGAAAAUAGUACCUACUAAAAUUAAUUAAUUGUAAAUAUUGUGACAGUUAAUUUUUGUAAUUUGGCUGUAAGACAAGACGGUUUUAAUAUUGAACUUGAUUAAGGAAACCGAUAAUGUAGGUGCACAAGGAAUAUAUGAGCUCUAAAGUUUUUUAUACUAUUUUUAAUAUGUAAUAUUCUCUUUGUCUUUCAACCAAAACUUGUGUUUUGUAUAUACUUUCUCAAUAACAUAACUAAAUGUUUCUAAAUGUCAAUUAAAACUAUGUAUAUGAUUUAUUUAUAUUGUACAAAACGCCACCAAAUAUUAUAACUUUAUAUACAUACACAUUAAAGCCAACCUACACAGGAUGUUCAUUUCAUAAACGUUCGCACAAUUCAGUAACACAAAAUUUAGUUGGCUUCUCAACAUUUUAACUGUGUAGAAAGGGGCAGUUGUCUAGAAAAUUAUUACGAAAAUUGUACAAUGACUUCUACAAAUACGUAUCAAGUAUUUACUUUUUUAGUACAAUUUCUAACGAACUUGAUUUUUGGAUGUUGCAUUUAUCCUUUUGCGUCCUUUUGUAUGUUACCUUUUCCCACCCCCCCUACACGAAAAUAUACUGUAGCAUCGCACACUAAAAAAAAUGGUAUUGUUUUAAUGUAAGAAAAACAAGCUGGUCUCUUACAGAAUAGAUUUUUUUUAUUAUUUUUUGACUGUAUAUUUAUGGUGAUAGUUACUUAAACGUUUCUCUUAAAAACUGUUGUCCUCAACAGUAUGUACUUAGACUCCUCAAAAGAGUUUACGUUGAUGUCAAUAGUUUUUUUGGUACCAUGGAUCGAAAUAUUGACGAAAAUUAAACAAACUGCUCGUCCAACUGGAGUUUUACGAAGUAAUGUAUGUUAACUUAAGGCAAUAGUGUUUAGAUUCUACUUACCAGAUCCAUGUUAUUGAAACUGUCUAGCAUAUUAACAAUUUAUUUAUUUUCCUUCGAUUUGAUUUCCUAUUUGAUUCUCAAUAAUUUUCUUUUAAUCUUGGAGUAUAUUUAUAGUACACUCUAAACAUUUAUAUUACUGUUGUAAAUUUUAUAAGAUAUUUACGAGAGCUUAUUUUCUAUUUGUAUUUUAUUAGAUAUACAAUAAAGAUAUUUUCAACUAGA